UCACCCAGGAAGGAUGGUGGGCAUGUUGAUGAGCACCCUGCAGUGGGCCUCAGUGCAAGGGAGGUACAAGUGCCAGAGGACCAGUCCACCAUGCCUGAAGUCAAGGACCUUUCUGAAGCCUUGCCAGAAACAUCAAUGGACCCCAUCACGGGAGUGGGGGUGGUGGCUUCUAGGAACAGAGCCCCGACAGGCUAUGACGUAGUGGCCCAGACAGCAGAUGGUGUGGACGCUGACCUCUGGAAAGAUGGUUUAUUUAAAUCCAAGGUUACCAGAUACCUGUGUUUCACAAGAUCAUUUUCCAAAGAAAAUAGUCACUUAGGGAAUGUGCUAGUGGAUAUGAAGCUCAUUGACGUCAAGGACACCCUGCCCGUGGGCUUCAUCCCAAUUCAGGAGACGGUGGACACACAGGAAGUGGCUUUCCGGAAGAAGAGGCUUUGCAUUAAGUUUAUCCCACGGGACUCAACUGAGGCUGCCGUCUGUGACAUUCGAAUCAUGGGCCGGACCAAGCAGGCGCCCCCUCAGUACACGUUCAUCGGGGAACUGAACAACAUGGGGAUCUGGUAUCGAAUGGGCCGAGUACCAAGGAAUCAUGAUUCAUCUCAACCCACGACGCCUUCCCAGUCAUCCGCUGCUUCCACCCCAGCCCCCAACCUCCCCAGGCACAUCUCUCUAACGCUCCCUGCUACCUUCCGAGGCAGGAACAGCACUCGGACCGACUAUGAGUACCAGCACUCCAAUCUGUAUGCCAUAUCAGCAAUGGAUGGUGUACCGUUUAUGAUCUCAGAGAAGUUUUCUUGCAUUCCAGAAAGUAUGCAGCCCUUUGACCUCUUGGGAAUCACCAUCAAAUCUCUGGCAGAAAUUGAAAAAGAGUACGAGUACAGCUUCCGCACGGAGCAGAGCGCUGCGGCCAGACUCCCGCCCAGCCCCACCCGCUGCCCGCAGAUCCCGCAGUCCUGAGGAGCCGCUUGCCAGACGACUGAACUUGCCCGGUCGGGGCUGCCUGCGGCCACCGUCCUCCCCACCUGUCCCUGCCCCAGACGGAGCCCGCGGCCCUCCCUCCCAGCCCCCCGGCUGUGGCCUCGUCUGGAAGGCUCUGGACCUUGGAGCAGUUUCGAUCUCCAUCAUCAGCUUGCCUGACGUGACACCCCAGCCCCCUGGGGCCUUGUUCAUAACCACCACUAAUCUGCGUGUGCUGUAGCGCCCUAACCUGUCUGCGUAAUGACCAGUCACCUGGAGAUGCCUACCCACUCCCUCCCUCCUGACGCCUCUCCAGGAGACGCCACCAAGACUGCUUCCUGGGGGUGACUCUGUACUGGGCCCUGCAGCCACACAGAUGGCCCCAGACCCCAGGCUGACCAGGACCAAGCACCCCAAGCUCUCAAGGCAACCCUGGGAGGACACAGUGGGAAGAAGCCAGUGGCCCCUGGAGGGGCCCAAGCCUACCCUCGGCUCUAAGGAGCCGCCCUGGGCGUGCCCUGGGGCAGGAAGCGGUGCUCGCAGACCUCCUCCCUGAGGGCCGCUGCCCAUGUGCUCCGGUCCCUCCCUGCCCCAGGGCUUGACCGCUUAUGUGCCAACAGCAGCUCCAACUGCCUCAGCCUGGGCCCUGACCCCUGUGACCCAGGGACAGGUCCUCCAGAGCCUGGGGAGACCACCAGAGUGCAUAGCCACCCCACCUCUGGGGGCACCCCGCCCAGCGCCUCGAGUUUCUCUGGGCCCUGCGUGUCUUGAUGGCAUCUCUUCACAGCCACGCGUCCCUGCGCAAAUGAACAAGGCCCAGCCGACCGGUCACCACAUGUGAGUCAGACUGCCGGUCCUACCAGGAAAGUCCACUGAGGUGCCAGCUGCCGAGUGGACUCAAGCCCCUAGGCCAGGAGUGGCCACAGGCCCCACCCCAGGCCGCCCUCCACCCUCGGUCAUGCUCUGCACUGUCUCGCUGCUGGGGGGCUGCAUCUAACCCACCGAGCCUUGGUAUUUGAGCUCUGGGGGCCCCUCGAGCUGGCCACAUCCCUCCAGAGGAUGGGGUGGGGGACAGCCAGUGACACCCUCUCACUCAGUCGGUGGUUCAGAGCCCCUCUCUGCGGUUCCCAUGAGGGCAGAGCCGGCCAGCUGGGCAGCACAGGGGGAGGCCUGGCCACUGACUGAGAGGCGGUGCUGUGGCAAAAAAUACCUCACGGCGCAGCCUCGGCCUCCACGGCCCGGCCUCCUGCCCUUUCUUCUGGUGCAAUGUGCUGGGUCCAGCGAGACCCUUGCCCCCCACCCCCCAGCCCCGCCAGUUCUGGGUGCUUGGAAGCAGCCUUCCCUGAGGAUGGAUUCCCGGGGUGGGGCUCUCUGCUCCCAUGAGCAGUUACAGUCUCCAAAACUCACAGGUUGGGAUCGCAGAGACCCAGAGGCCACCCGUGGCAGUGGGUGUGGGUUGGCUUGGGGCCACCCCUGAUUACACACUCAGCCACUGACCCGGAGGGCCGGCUGUGCAAACACGCCCAGAUGCACCUGGGAAUCAGGGCCUGGCAGCCUGGUUUUCAAAAAGGUUGCAGUCCUGGGAACCCCACGGAGGACAGUUCUACCCUGACCCGCAUGGUCGCCAGGCGUCAGGUCAGUUUGGCGGCCCCGAGUCCGAGGCUGGGCUUGGUGGGCAGGGCUGCCCGGGAGUCCUGUUCCCUGUUGCUUUUUGGAUGGGGAUGGUUGGUCCGGAGCCAGGUGAUGGUGAGGGAGAAGUGGUGUCCAGCCGUUGGGGAGCAGGCCUCUGGUCACCCCUGCUGGCUCGUGCCCCAUAUCUUAUCCAUCAUA